AUGGAACGCCUGCAAACGGAGGAUGGCCAUCACUUCAUUCGUUCAUUGGCGCAGUUCAUUCGCCAACACGAGAAGGCUCUCGCAAACAGCCUCCAGUUAUCAGUCCACCGACGGCAGAGUUCCUUGAAUUCUCCCUUGUCCAGUGCCUCCAAAGGCACCUCGGGCACUACCACGGGCACCUCGACAGGAUCCAAUAAUGCUGCCAGCGCGUUGGCUGCCGCUUUCUCCUUCACAGGCCUCAAUUUCCGAUCACAUGCUACGAAAGCGGCCCUCCUCACCUUGACACCCCAUCACCUUUUCUUCCUCCUCUCCCGUAUGGAAGAAAUUGACAUUGCCGUGGGGUCUAUGAAUGUUCGGCUUGAAAAUAUCCACAAUGAUUCUUCGUCGAAUUACGUCUCGUUUCUGCAAUCGCACAAGCCAGCCAAGGGACGCAGUGACCGGGAUUCGGUCCAUUCCGUCUCCAGCAUGCGAAGCGUCAUGUCUGGAAUGAGCACAUUUUGGUCUACCAUUGGGUUGGGCGGUUCUACAUCAAAGACCGAGAAAGCCAAAGCAGUUGAACAGGCUGAUUUGACCUACUUGUACUCUGCCUUUACCAAGCUCCCAUCCCUCCGCCUCACAACGGACCACCGAGCGCGCCUGAUCAAGAACUAUGAGGAGUUCCCCUUCGACACCGCUGUGCCCUUGUUUGCUUUCAAGAAUCUCCAGCAACUUGACAUUGUAGACCUUGACUUCCGUCAAUUCUUCGGGUGGGACCGUCUUGCUGAACAACUGACGUUGUUGACCGUCAAGCGGGCAAAUCUGGACGAUCCGGCCGAGCUGCUCACCCACAUUGUGUUGGAUGAUGCUGAGAAACGACGGAGACGUUCGACGAAAGGCGGGCGUGGUUCCCCAACGCCGACCUCUUCGUGGACAGUCCCAUCAACUCCCUAUACCGAAUACGCACAGUCACAUUCUGAUCCAGGAUCUCCUGCUAUGGGAAGUAUUGAUCCCGAAGAUUCGCUGGAUGCUGUUUCGAGAGAAAAACCACUCUCAGGAAGUGUGUCACCAAAGAGGCCCAGUCCUUCGCGGCCAAGCAGUUCAUACAGGCAUAUACGCACAUACUCGUCCAAGGCCAAGAGGUCAGGUUCCGGUAGCUCGAAUUCGAGUGACUAUUCGAUCCAACCGCAUCGUAGUGAGAGUGCAUCGAACCUCCUGAGUAUGAACAUUCUUCCCACUUCCAAGUGGCAAAGGCUGAAGUACCUAUCGCUUGCCGAUAAUUCCUUGACGUCGAUAUCGGCCAAAAGUUUGGCUCCUGUAGCAAGUACUCUUCGAUCUCUGAAUCUUUCUUCCAAUCUCUUCACUGAGAUUCCGGAUGGUCUCGCAUCACUCACAAGACUCGGAUCAUUGGAUUUAUCGAACUGCAUGAUUGGAUCUCUACAAUCCCUUUCAAAGUCACCGCUACCUGCUGUACUGACCAUCAACCUGAAAGGUAAUCGACUCAGAUCCCUUGCCGGAGUGGAAAGAUUGUUGUCUCUUGAGCAGCUCAAUGUACAGGACAACCAGAUCUCGGACUCGAUGGAGAUGGCGCGUCUCACUGGCAUUCCCAAUUUGAAGCGAAUCUGGGUCAAGCGGAAUCCGUUCACCAAAACAUCCUCGGAUUAUCGAAUCACCACGUUCAAUUUAUUCCGAAAGACUCCAGGUUAUGUGGAGGACAUCGUCAUUGAUGAGUCAGGGCCGGGCUACUCAGAACGGAAACAGCUGGUGGACCGGGUACCUGAAGUUGAGCGUCAACUCGCUCAACCGUCGAUCCGCAUCGCAGAGCUCCCCGUGAUUGUUCAACAAAGUGAGCCCUCAAAUCCGGUGUCGAGUGUGCCGGGUGAAGUUGCGAUGAAUUCUGCUCGCCGGAAAAAGGCACCUCGACGACGCAUUGUCGACCUGGCCAAGGACGAGGGUGCCAGCAGAGUCUCCAGUGAGGAUCUUGCUGCAACAAUAAUAGCAGACCCUGCAAGGACAGAACGUUCUAGGGUCAUAAUGAGUCGAACACACAGCGAGCCGGCAUCUACUUUGACAGACACGGCGGAACCCGACACAGACGAGUCGUCAGUGCAGACGCUGGUACAUCGUUCCAGCGAGCACCUUAAUCAAGAGGAUGAUUAUCGAGCCAAAAUUGAGGCUCUUCGACAGGAGUUUGGGAGCAACUGGUUGAGUGCUCUCGGAGAUCAGAAUUGGCAUAGCAGCCACACAGUUGAAGUGAGUCGAGGCCAAAGUCUCGACCAUAAUUCUUUACACCGUCCUGGCCAUCAGGUGAUUGUCAGCGGCGGACGCACUCUAGGAUGA